CCGGGUCAUCUGGCGCUGAAUCGUCUGGCUCGACAGCGGUCAUCGGGUCACCAGGCAUGACAGCGGGCACUGGGUCAUCAGGUAUUGGAUCGUCUGGCUCGACAGCGGGCAUCGGGUCACCAGGCAUGACAGCGGGCACCGGGUCAUCAGGCAUUGGAUCGUCUGGCUCGACAGUGGGCAUCGGGUCACCAGGCAUGACAGCAGACACCGGGUCAUCAGGUACCGGAUCGUCUGGCUCGACAGCAGGCACCGGGUCAUCUGGCGCUGGAUCGUCUGGCUCGACAGCGGGCAUCGGGUCACCAGGUAUGACAGCGGGCACCGGGUCAUCAGGUACCGGAUCGUCUGGCUCGACAGCGGGCAUCAGGUCACCAGGCAUGACAGCGGGCACUGGGUCAUCAGGCAUUGGAUCGUCUGGCUUGACAGCGGGCAUCGGGUCACCAGGUAUGACAGCGGGCACUGGGUCAUCAGGCGUGAUAGGAUCAUCAGCCUGGAUCAGUUCAUCAGGCUGGGUACAGACAUCAGACUGAAGUGCGGGUGCCGAGGCACCAGGC